AACUUGCCCAAAACUCCAUCUGACAUUCUUCUUUAUAUCUCUCCCAUCUCCCUCUCUUCAAAUAGUAACAAACAUGGAUCUUACCGACGUUAUCAUAUUCUUGUUCGCUCUCUAUUUCAUCAACCUAUGGUGGCGCCGGUACUCUUCAGCCGGAAGGAGUCAGUGUCGUUUGAACAUCCCGCCGGGACCGAAAGGAUGGCCACUAGUCGGAAACCUACUCCAAGUCAUACUCCAACGUCGCCAUUUCGUCUUCCUAAUGCGUGACCUACGUAAAAAGUAUGGUCCAAUAUUCACCAUGCAAAUGGGACAACGUACGAUGAUUAUCAUCACGGACGAAAAACUCAUCCACGAGGCACUAGUCCAACGUGGCCCCACAUUCGCUUCCCGGCCUCCGGACUCGCCCAUCCGACUCAUGUUUAGUGUCGGGAAAUGCGCUAUAAACUCGGCGGAAUACGGAUCUUUGUGGAGGACUCUGAGGAGGAACUUUGUGACAGAGCUAGUGACCGCGCCGAGAGUGAAGCAGUGCUCGUGGAUUCGGACUUGGGCUAUGCAGAAUCAUAUGAAGAGGAUCAAAACGGAGAAUGUUGAGAAAGGUUUCGUGGAGGUUAUGAGCCAAUGUAGGCUAACGAUUUGUAGCGUCUUGAUCUGUCUUUGUUUCGGUGCCAAGAUCAGCGAGGAAAAGAUUAAGAACAUUGAGAAUGUUCUCAAGGAUGUUAUGCUUAUAACUUCACCGACGUUACCUGACUUUUUGCCAGUUUUUACUCCGUUGUUUCGGCGUCAAGUAAGAGAAGCGCGAGAGCUGAGGAAGACGCAGCUCGAGUGUCUCGUGCCACUGAUAAGAAACCGUCGUAAGUUCGUUGAUGCAAAGGAGAGUCCUAAUGAAGAGAUGAGAGGUGGUGAGCUUGGAGAUGAAGAGAUAGUGACGUUGUGUUCGGAGAUUGUCUCGGCCGGUACGGACACGAGUGCAACGACGCUAGAAUGGGCUUUACUUCAUCUAGUGACCGACCAAAGCAUUCAAGAGAAGCUAUACGAGGAAGUUGUUGGAGUUGUUGGCAAAAACGGCGUCGUUGAAGAAGAUGACGUGGCGAAAAUGCCUUAUUUGGAAGCCAUUGUGAAAGAGACUCUCCGACGACAUCCUCCUGGUCAUUUUCUUCUCUCUCACGCCGCCGUGAAAGAUACGGAGCUAGGAGGGUACGAUAUUCCGGCAGGGGCAUAUGUGGAAAUUUACACUGCUUGGGUUACUGAGAACCCGGAUAUUUGGUCGGAUCCUGGUAAGUUUCGACCCGAAAGGUUUUUAACAGGUGGGGACGGUGUUGAUGCUGACUGGACCGGGACACGUGGUGUUACAAUGUUGCCUUUUGGUGCGGGUCGUAGGAUCUGCCCGGCUUGGUCUUUGGGGAUUCUACACAUCAACUUGAUGCUUGCUAGGAUGAUCCAUUCGUUUAAAUGGAUCCCGGUUCCGGAUUCUCCACCCGACCCGACUGAGACUUACGCCUUCACGGUGGUGAUGAAAAAUUCUCUCAAAGCCCAAAUCAUGUCAAGGACUUAAUGGAUAUGUUUAGUUUUUGUAUGCGUGUGGGGUUAUUAUAAGUUAUAAUUCCUUAGUACGUUACAUUAAUCUUUGCAAUUUUUAAUGUUGUUUAUGUGCUAUCUUUAUCUAUUUUCAAGGAGUGUAAAAUAUAUAUAUAAUCAUAUGCUGUUUCGGUUGGUUUAUGUGUUUGUAGGUAUAAUUGUUCAUUAAUUACAUGAAGUAUUAAUGCAACAAUAAUAUAUUUGUUGUAACUUAUAAAGCGUUGUAGAUAUU